CGAGGAUUUCGACUCAUCUAACCAAUGGCUGGCGGAAGUAUAGAGUUUUGGGGAGAGCAUAUAAUCAACAUAUUAUCGAAGGUGCUUAGAUAUUGAUCCUGUAUUUCAAGGUAGUUCAAAUUCACCUCUCUUGCACGUUUGGGCUCUACCUUAUUUUGUUGCUCCCCACCCGUGUUCUGUGGAGAAUAUUUCACGCGUAAAAUGCCGAAGAGAAAGUCUCCAGAGGGUUCUGAGGGCAAGGAGUCCUCCAAAGUCACAAAACAAGAGCCCACCAGAAGGUCAGAGAGAUUGUCAGCGAAACCUGUUCCACCUAAGGCUGAGGUCAAGCCCAAGAAGGCCAUCGUCAAGAAGGUGGCUGAAGAGAAGGGGGCGAAGGCAAAGAAAGGCAGUGCGAAGGGUAAGAAGGAAGAUGGCCACACCCAGAAUGGAGAGACCAAGAACAAUGAGAUCUAUGUGUCUCGUCCGUCUGUCAGUGUGUCGUCCGUCAGAAGCACAGCUCCCUCCUUGAUGUCAGUGAGAGGGCAGAGUGAUACAGUCAGAGUCAAGGGUAACUGAGGCAGCAGAGGAGGAGGAGGAGGAGGAGGAGGCGGAGGAUGAGAAGGCUUGAAGACAUGGACGUGUCCACUGACUCGUCCCUUCUGACUCCAUGGCAGCAUCUUUUUUUUUACUGACAAUUUUUGUACCAUGCAGAAUUUAUUUUAGACUUGUGAUAGUAAAGACGGACAACCAGCAGCCCAAUCCCCAUACAGUUUGUUCAUUCUCAGUAUGUUUUUCCGCAAUUCUCUCCCUCCCACCGUUCUUUAUUGCUAUACAUUACGCCUCUCUAAUGAAUUGGUUUUAUGAGGCGGCUGCAAAUGUUUCUCAUUUUGCCUAAAGGUGGGCCUAAAACAAGACUGUUAUGAUCUUUAAACCAGCUCUGCCUAUCUGUCGUGAAUCUUCUCCACAAACGAUGAUCAUUAUUACCGGGCACUCUGGCAAAUUAGGGGAUGCUUCAGUCCCCCCACCUUUUUUAAGUUGAGGAUGUGUUGUAAUUUGUCACCACCAUAUAGUACAAUUGCAGCUUUUUCUUUUUUUAAGAAAAAAAAAACAGAACUCUUAGUUUUAAAAAAUCACCACCAUUGUGUUUGUAUGUGUGUGUGUACUUGUACAUAUGUCUUUGUGAGGACCAAAAAAACCACAGGAAGGUUAGUAAACUGUGAAAGUGAAGACAAUUGGCUGGUCCUCACACUCUGUCACACCUUAAAAGGACUGAUUAGGGGUUAAGACUUUGAUUUUAGAGUUAAGGGUUAGGGUCAGGCAUUAGUUGUGAUUUAAGGUUAGGAUAAGGGGUGAGGGAAGGCAUUAUGUCCAUGAGUGUCCUCACAAAGAAUGCCGUACAACAAUGUGUGUGUGCACGUGUGAAUUUGUCUGUGGGUCAGUGCUCGACUUUGUUCACUUUGCUCCCUCGUGUUACCCCACCCCGAAGGCCUUGUCCUGCAGCAGAGUGAUAUAGCAAUAACGAGUGGUGCUUCUGUUCUAGACAGCUCUAUUGGUUUUGGACCCUCUAGUUUCAUUCUGUUGGGAAAAUAUUUUGAAAUAAAAGAAAAAGUUGAUGUCA